ACACAUCAACUUUUCCUCACCCUGCGGCAACAGUUUUAACGAAAGCAAUUAUUGAGUUUAUUUGACUUAACGAUCAAGCGUUUUCCUUUCUGGAGAGCAGCCAAGGCUUCAAACUCUCAAAAGCUAAACAUCUGAGCCUCCAUGAACGUUUUUUUCCGUCCUUGAAACCAAGCGAGAGUGGUGGGCGGAGCUCCUCGGCCCGAACGCUAUAUAAGCCUCGGCCGCAUCGAGGACCGCGAUAUCUGUGCAACACCUUCGCUACAGACAUGAAGCUCCUCCUGCUGGCGUGUGUUGCAGUGGCAUAUGGGAGUCCCCUGAAUGGCAGAUCGAACUCCGCAUCGGUGUAUGACUACUAUGACUUCCUAGACAUCCCGCGGACGCAGCCGGUGGCCCUGUCGAGAGCCGAUGGGCCUCCUCCCCGACGCCCCCCGCCCCUCCGCCACCAGGCCCCCUGGCGCCCCCCACCUCAGAAGGCCAGCUUCCGGCCCUCUCCACUCAGGGCCGAGGACUACCAGCUGGCCGGCUCAGAGAUCUUCCAGCCGCAGCCUCAGCCCCUCCCGCAAUACCGCGCGAAGCCCAGGCCACAGCCCUACCAACGCCCGAGGCCGUCCUACCAGUCGGACAAGCGCCGGCGGCCCGAACCUCCCGUCUCGUACCGGGAGGAGCCCGUCUACGUGGUCGAAGAGCCGGUCUACGCUGCUCGCCCUCACUUCGAGGAGGACCUUGUGAGCUACAAGGACGACCCGAUUGUGUACCACGAGGAGCCCGUCGCCUACGUGGAGCGGCCGCAGUUCCACGACGAUCUCCCGGAGUAUCACGAAAAACGCCCAUCUUUCCAGAAUGAGCGUCCGUCAUACCAAGAGCGACCAGUCUACCAAAGCGAGCGGCCACAAUACCAAGCCGAAAGGCCACAAUACCAGGAGGAACGGCCACAAUACCAGGAGGAACGGCCACAAUACCAGGACGAAAGACCACAAUACCAGGAAGAACGGCCACAAUACCAGGACGAAAGACCACAAUACCAGGAGGAACGGCCACAGUCCUACGAGGAGCUCGAGCAGUACCACGACGAGCCGCCACAUUACCAAGAGGAGCGGCCCGCCUACGAGGAGCAGACCCGCGAGAAGGAAUUCCGCCGGCCGCCCGCCAACGACUUCGCGCCCGCCCUCAAGGAGGAGGAGAGCGUGAAGGAGAAGCGGCAGGUCGCGCACGGCGGCGGCCACUUCGACGAGGCUGGAGAAAAGUUUGCUGCCGACGCUGCAGCGGUUGAGAACGCCAAGGGCGCCGGGCGCCUGGCCUUCCAGAUCCACGGCCAGCAGGGCCCGCACUCCUACCGCUUCGGCUAUGACACCGGCAAAGGGAAAAACCGGCAGUUCCGCUACGAGGAGCGGGAUGGCCACGGGCAGGUGCACGGGCGCUACGGCUUCUACGACAAGGACGGCAAGCUGCAGGUGGUCAACUACUCCGCCCACCCGGAGCACGGCUUUUCCGCCGACGUCCCCAAACCCUGAGCCGGGGUCCGGGCCGAGCACAAGCUGACCCGUCGUUCUGUGCAAGGGCUAGUUAGGUUCGUAUAGGCCGUGUCCCUCCGCGGCGCUCGUCUCUCGCCACGGAAGCGCUGGCUCAGAUUGUGCUCCGCCACCUAUGAGGACCUUCCCACCCGAUGUUUUGAAGCCAAAAGUGUCUAAGAGUAGUCCGUAGCCACGACAUCGUGUCUAGUCAGGUGGAGGAGGUGGGUUUGUGACCACUCGAGGAAUGAUCUUCCUAUGAGCACACGCACCACCCUUCCACUGUUCUAUAAACCAUCUUGCACGGUUAGAAAACACGUCCACACACCCAUACCCACACACACACACACACACACACACACACACACACACACACACACACACACACACACACACACACACACACUCGCAUUAAACUUUGCUUCCAUUCAUACCACAUAAUCACAACAAAUAUUACUCUCUCGGCGCACCGUUCAUGCACCUUAAUCUCCUCUUCCAGAAGUCAGCUGGCUCGCGACAUUUCCACAACACUGGUACAGUUGCUACUACUUUAUGUGAAGCCGCUGGCUGCUUGUUAUCAUAAACUGCAAUAAUUUAAUGUUUUUACUAUUUAAUUUUAUUUGUUGAUUCUGUUGUUUUGAGAGGGCUGGAACCCUACUUUUGUACAAAAAUAUAUGACAAAAUAAA